AUGCAUCCCUCUACCAUCAGCGCAUCUAUCCCUUCAGAGUUUGAUGACGAGGUGGACGACGAUCUCCCACCCUCUGGGGAAAUUUGGGCUUACCCAUGCAAACUUGCGUCGUGUCCUGACUACGGAAAAUCUUGGCUUUUGCGCAGCAACUUCCUCCUUCACUUGAAAGAACAAGAGGUGCAUCUGGCAAGCGCGGCAAGCGCAGCCGCGCGCCGUGCCAUCGAAUUGCAGUGGCGCUAUAGCACUAAUCCCCAUUUGCCGCCCCGUGCGGCCCCCAUGUUUCGGUCUCGAUCGGAUCCGGAGGAGCAUGUCUGGGAAUAUGGAUUUCGGGAUCACACCGGCAAGAUAGUAAACCGCAGGGGAACACAACGGCAGAUGGAACAGGAUCUGGCCCAGGCUCAGCGACGCCAGGGCUAG